GAAGCUGAAGGCUAGGCAUGCACAAUGUUCAGCUCGUCUCCGGCGACUCUUUCAGCUCCUCCUCUCUGCCUGCGCUGUUUACGACUGAGCCCAACAACCUCAUUACCUCGCAACGGCAGAUUAAUCACGAACAGGAAGCCUACUAAGCAUCAUUAUCUUAUGGGAUAUGGAUUGGCAUAGUUUACCAGUUGCCCGCUCUCUGGAACAUGAUGACUCGUACAACGCUCUCCGGACGUCUCGGGAAGAAGCUCUGCGGUUAGGCGCUGUCCAGGACUCAGACAUUACCAAACCGCCGAACCUGUGGAGCUUGAAGUACUAUCAAUAUUCGGCGCUGCCAGAUAAACAAAGCUACAUUCGGGUACUUUGCCUGGAACGGCCACGGGAGGUGUCCGGUUGGAAGCGACCAAACGUUCCUUGCGCGACAAUCAUCUUCCUACCUUUGCCUACCGAAGGUACAAUAUCAGCUCUCUCUUAUGUUUGGGGGAACUCAGACAAGACGUGCCCGAUCAUUAUCGAUGAAUGUGUCUUUUGGAUAACCGAAAGUCUCAAUGCCGCACUCAAGCGCCUGCAAGAGGACAAUCGCAUCCUUUUGCUGUGGGUAGAUGCGAUCUGUAUCAACCAAGCAGACGUGGAAGAGAAAAGUGCGCAAGUACAGCAAAUGGACAAAAUCUACGGAAUGGCAGAGCUUGUGCUUGGAUGGAUUGGCACCGCGGAUGAUGGGAGUGAUGUCGCCAUGAAAGCUUUGGCUCAUAUUGGCAAGGCAUGUUACGAUAUGCCUGAUGGUCCCUGUCUCGAAGAGCGGCGUCGACUCUUUGAAGAGGUUUUGUCUGAAGAAUCGUCUGCUCUGAAAACGGACUUUCCCACUACCCAGGUGGCGGCGAUCUUCAAGCGACGGUGGUGGACGCGUAUCUGGAUAGUACAAGAAGUGAACCUUGCAGAGAACGUUCAUGUCAUCUGCGGUUCAUCAUCAGUCGCAUACAGGCAUGUGAUUCUGGCAUUUACUGCGUUGAUGGAGCUUCCAAUGCUCAACGCCAAGUUCAAUAACGCCUUAGGCAGUCGCAUCGAAAGACUCAAUGCUUUGCAGGCUUGUGACCCAAGGCUAAUCGAGACGUCGAUGAAUGGCAUUGGAUUGCGAAUACCGCUUGCUGAAAGACUUAUACGGGCUACGGGGUUCGGGGCGGGCAAUCCUGUAGAUCAUAUAUUCGCCCUCAUUGGACUGACGAGCGACAUGAAGGAACUGGGCGUUGUGGCAGACUACAACAAGACGUGCGCGCAAGUGUAUACACAGGUGGCUGCUGCCUUACUCAUGCGGCAAAACAACUUGCAAAUACUAGCGAGAAGCCGGCAUCCUAAGCAUGAUCCAGGGCUGCCAUCUUGGGUACCAGACUGGACCCAGCCACCGCCCAUCAUGAUCUGGAACCCACGGUUUCCCGUCUACUCGGCUGGUAAAUGCCGGCUGGAGCAGGUCAUCCGGGCGGAGAACAGCCAGUUGACCAUCCGUGGGGUUAUUACAAGUCGUGUGGAGCAACUUGGAUGGUCAUGGAAUUCACUCAGCGCGCAAGAGCUCAAAGACAUGCCGAAUACGCUUAGACGUGGACUGAACAUCGUUCAAGACUUUGUAGACGCCCGUUGCUUCGCGUACAAAACACCCGAAGAAAAGGAAGAUGCAACGUGGCGAACACCAAUAGUCGAUACCGAGUGCGGCAUACUUGGUGAGAACGGAAGAUACAACAGGCGGGCAACAGAGCCAAUGCGGAGAGUGUUCUGGAAUCUGCGAAGCCCCUCAGACUUCUCCGAUCCGUCCUUGCAGGACUACAAGCAUCGUUAUUUCGCCGCUAUAGGGUUUUUCCGGAAUCGUCGGUAUUUCGCUACGAGUACCGGUCAUUUAGGUAUAGGGCCUUCGGACGUGCGAAUUGGCGACCUGGUAUGUAUCCUUAUCGAUGGAGAUGUCCCAUUCGUUGUGCGGCGUGAGGAAGGUCAAUCUGGGCCGAGAUGGUUUCGAAGAUGGCAGGAUGAGAAGUACCAUCUUAUUGGUGAAAGUUACGUUCACGGAAUGAUGGAUGGCGAAUGUUGGGAGAAACAGAUGCACGUCGGAGAAAUUGUGUUGGUAUAAUCUUUGGUGGUUUGCGACAGUCUCUUGUGCACUCCUGGAUUGGACAUGUUGCCGGUGAAUCUUGUAGGCCAGGGUCUUUGACCGGUCGGACGGACAACAAGGCAGACUUCACUUUGGUACGCCUGCUGAACCUGCACACAGCCCGAUUCUUUACACAGCCGUCUUCGAGCGAGCAACAACUCGAUCAAGGUUUUGACGACGCCCUGUAAGAAUAACGGGCGCAUCAGACCAGUUCGCACCUCUCCAUUGCUACCUCCGCCUGUACUUGUGGCUCCUGCAUCAUGCAGGCUUACAAGCUCUUUUUGUUGCUAUUCGCCGAAGUCCUCCCCACACAUACAGUGGUCGUCCCAAUUCGCUCUUUUGUUGAAAGCCACCCAAGUGCGGC